UAAAAAGUGUGACUCCAUCGUCAUCGUCAUCAAAAGCCAAGCCACCCUCAUUCGUCAUUCCCUCACUUACACACACACACACUCUCUCUCUCUCUCUCUCUCUCUGAGUCAAGACACAGACACGCACUGUAACAACAAACCCAAGACGACAAUACAGAGAGAGAGAGAGAGAUAAAGAGAGGAAAAUGAGCAAUAGAGCGAACCCAGCAUACCAAAAUGGAGAACAGAGAGGAAGACAGGAAGAAGCAGCAGCUGCUUCAUCAUCAUCGUAUGCAAACGGUUACAAUCAGAGCCGUCCAUACUUCUACCCAACAACACCCGCACGUUCUUCUUCCGCAGCAUCUCUCAAAGGAUGCUGCUGCUGCCUCUUCCUUCUCUUCUCAUUCAUCGCUCUCUUGGUCCUCGCCGUCGUCCUCGUCGUCCUCCUCGCCGUCAAACCCAAGAAGCCACAGUUCGAUCUACAGCAGGUAGGUGUACAGUAUGUGGGCAUAACGCCGUCCACCGUGGCCGACCCAACCACAACGGCCGCCUCAUUCUCACUCACCAUCAGGCUCCUCUUCACCGCCGUCAACCCCAACAAGGUAGGGAUCAAGUACGGCGAGUCCAGGUUCACCGUUAUGUACCGUGGAAUCCCAUUGGGGAGAGCCUCUGUUCCGGGCUUCUACCAGGAUGCUCACAGUGUAAGGUCAGUUGUGGCCACCAUCGCCGUUGAUCGGGUUAAUCUUCUUCAGGCCGACGCCGCUAAUUUGAUGCGUGACGCCUCGCUCAACGACCGAGUGGAGCUCCGAAUUCUGGGUGACGUUGGUGCCAAGAUCCGAGUCAUGAACUUCGAUACCCCUGGUGUUCAGGUGUCGGUGGAUUGUGCAAUAGCGAUCAGUCCAAGAAAGCAAUCUCUGACUUACAAGCAGUGUGGAUUCGAUGGAUUGAGUGUUUAAUGAUUAAUGAGGAGGUAUCAUUCACUUGUUGAUGCUACUAAUUAAUGUCUCUCAUUUCUUUAAGUAAUGUAAGUAAAGAAAUGAGGAUGGGAAAGUAAAGGCAUUGGAUUUGGAGGAGUGAGUUUAGAAUAGAAGAGAAUGGUUAUCAAUUGAUCACAAGGAAGUUGCUAAAUUGCAAGGCCAGCCAUCAUUUUCAUUUUUUUUUUUUUACUCUCAAAAAGAAUUUUGCAGAAAUUAUUUAAUUUAAUUGGUUACUUCAGUCAGAAGACAACAAAAACAAGUUGCAAACUGUAAUCUGUAAAGUAAAUCCAAUGGGUGGGGUGAGAGGUUUCUAUGUUCUUCUCCCUCCCUUUUUUCUGCUCAACUAUAUAUAUUUGUUCCGUUUGAUUA